AUGGACACAGGCAGUGCAUUAGCCAGAAUCUCGUGCGGACGCUGUCAAUCCAAGAAGAUUCGUUGCAAUCGAGUCACCCCCCCCAUUGUGACAAAUGUGAAGCUGUGGGAGCGCAUUGUAUCUACUCAGCGCGAAAAGCACGAUCCAAGAAAAAAGACGGGAAUUGAGGAGCUGACAAACUAUCGUAGGCCCGAAAUUUCCGAGAAGAGACUUCUCUUAGAAGUUCUCAGCCGUCUCAAACGCCUAGAGGAACAUUGCGGCUUGGAAAAUGUUUCCAACACGCGCACCCAAGGCAAUGGCGAUGACGACGAUUCAAUGUCCAUAUCGUCCUCUGUAGAAUCAGACGACGAUCGAAAUAUGGCCCUGGUGCAAGCGAGAGACACUCCAAAUACAUCCUUGCCAGUUGCAGAUAUACCAAUUCCGAUUACGCUAGUCCCGGCUGUGAUACAUAACGUUGUCAGCCGUAUAAAAGACGAGGGUAGCCGAUCCAUGCUCCUCUCCAAUGUCUUUUGUCAUCUGCGCUCAGUAGAAUCCUGCUUUUUCGAGAACGAACAAUGCAUUCGUGCCGUUACGUCCGCAAUGUUGGAGAUCGAUUUCAUGCAAAGCACGCAAGAAGCCGAGCCGCUAAGAGACCCGGUCAUUCCAAAGGACCUAGCAAGGAAAUUUAUUGAAAAUUACUAUGACUGCUACCAAUACGAAGGCUUCAAAGUCCCCCUCGAGAAAUCUUUUCUAUCUUCCAUCCCGGAUUUGAUCGAGAGUCCUCACGUCAAAUUGGACUUUACUGUCCAAAUAAUCUACUACGCCGUCCUUCUUCAGGGAAUUGUUCUAGACCCGGACGCCUAUUCAGGAAACAGGGGUAUCAUCCGAAAUCUUUAUCUAAAAUGCGUCGCUCUCAGUGAGGACUGGCUGGCAAAUAUCCAAGAUACCCCAGCGGAUCUCUUCGCAGCUCUUUCCAUGAUCUCAAUGGCCCUGGAAGGCUGUAACACCGAUCUAUCCUGGAAGGCAUUUAGCCAAGCAUGCCGGAUAUCAAAAGUACUAGGAUACUUUACCAUCGACGAAACGCCACUCGAGAGCCCCAACCAGCACCAGCAGCAGCAGCAAUCACAUCUUCCAGCACCAGAAUCACAAUCCCAAUCCCACCCAGAAACAACCCCCCACGAAACCGAAAUCGAAAAAAACCGCAAAAGAUUCGAAUUCUGGCACAUCCUCCGCACAGAUUCUCUCUUCCGCACAUCCUUCGGCAAACCAACCCUCAUACCACCCGGUUCCUGGGCUGUAAACUUCCCAGACACAACAAUAAUAGGAAUCGACUCCUCGAUAUCACGCUUCAUCCAAAUCCACUUCCUAGCCUCAAUGCGCCUCGCCCUAAUCGUGAUGAAAUACCUAGACUGGAUCGACAGCGGCACAGCAUCUGAGUCCGAGCCCGAGUCAGACGUAUCCCACGACACCACAAUUGACGGAUUCAUCAACGAGGUCCAGUCAAUACUAUUAGACUGGGACACGGAGAGCCUCCUCCAAAUAGCAACAAACCACGUCGACAUCUGGUUCUGCGUCGACAUCCUAUUCAGCAGCUACAAAAUGCUAAUAAUCCUCUACCAAUCAAAGAGAUGCAAUCGAGGCCGCACCCUGCCCGCCGGCGCCGUAACAAUUGCCAGAAAAUCCGUCACCAAGUUCCGCGCUCUUCUGGGUGUGUCUAUGCACGCUUUUUGGGGAAUUAGUAUUAUAUUGCUACACCAGUUCGUGCCGUUUUUCAUCCUUUGCUUGGAUAUCCUCGGGAAUCCGGAUCACGAGUGUCUAGACGAGGAUCUUUCUUUGGUGUCCUGGUUAAGCGAGUAUGUAGCCGUCGUCGUUGAGGAACGCGUUGAGUUGAGGCCGAUUUUGAUUAUUAUCAGGGCUAUGGUGACGGCUUGUGAGCAGACGAGGAUGGAUCGGCUGUGCGCGGGUGAGUAG